AUGCGGCAGGCGCUGCCGGCAUUGGUGAUUGCCGCCGCAUGCGUUGCUGCGUCUGCGCAGAUCACGUGGACACCUAUUUUCUUAGAUGGCAGUAGUCAAGUGGAUCUUUGGACGCAAUCAUCAACUGGAUGCGCGUGUCCAGGCGGUAUUGGGGAAGACUGUGCGUGCUGUGUCAGAGACGGAGCAUGCCCUUGUGGUGAUAUUGCACCAGCGCGAUGUGCACAGUGCGGCCUCGAACAGUACUGUGCCAAUAGUAAGUAUAAACUGAUGACCUUAUUUACCCGUGAUAUUGUUAUAUACUAGCUGGUUUCCCAUGCAUAAAUCUUGUCACCCGUGUUUGAUGUAGCAUCCGCAUUUGAAGGAACUUUUCUGAUGAGAUCAGUAUUUCUGUAGAUUACCCCAAAUAAACAAACAAAGGACAAUGUUCAGCCCCCAUAAAUUUUUCUCCUAAGAACCUCUAAGCAUGUACUAUCACUUUUCGUGUUCUAAAGUAUCUGUAUUUACGUCUAAAUACAUUUUUAAGUAACGGACACUUCUAAGAAAUGUAUAGAUCAAAAAAUAUAUUUUGGAUUUGAGGUUAUAAUUUUAACAAUUGUAGCGCGCGGAUAUAUUCUUUUUAAUGUUUGUUUUACUUGCUUUUUGUAGGGAAAUGUAUGUCUUCUUAGCUAUAAAUAUAGCUAGGUUCUGUAGGUACUUACUUAGCUUGAUUUAAAAACAGUUUCGGAGCUUAGAUUCCAGCUGUUACCCCGCGACUUCGCCUCUGUACUUACGGAGCCAAUUCGAUGCAAACAAAUAACCAAAACUUUCUUAUUCUAAACUAAUAUUAUAAAAAGGUAAGAUUUGAUUGAUUGAGUAGGCUCCAACACUACUAGACCGAUUUUAAAUAUACUUUCACUGACCGGAACCUACAUCAUACGUGGAGGAUAUAGGCGGGUGAAGUCGUGGGAAAACAGCUAGUUAUGAUUUAAUAUACUAAUAUAUAUGAAUAGGCUCUGAAACUUAACGGACUGACUGACCAAAAUUCUUUCACCUACAAGAAGCUACAAGGUAUGCGGGUGCUAUAAGCGUUAAAGUCGUGGGGAAAUAACUAGUAUAAUAUAAUAUUCAAUAUCACAUUAAUAAUUUUAACGAAAAAAGUAGUUGUUUAAUAUAUUAAGUGUAAUGUGUAGUGAAAGUGUAUUAUAUUAUGUCACCACAGUGUGUAACAUCACCAUUGACUCCCGAAUUCUGAAGACCAAGUCGGGGAAGACGUUUGGUCAGAUCAAAUCACCAUCGAUAGAAGGACCAGGGUCAUGCUCAUAUCUCCUGCAGCCCGACGCUGGUCAGCGCGUCGAGAUACAACUCUAUCGACUAGUUUCUGUCGGAAGAUUCAAUGGAAGCAGGUAA